GAGCAGAUUACAAACAGCCAAUCCAGGCGGCGCUGUCACUGUUAUGGUCCUGCCAGGGCCCCGGCGUCGUGGUGCUUGGGUGCUCGCCACCGGCUGGCCUCUGGUUCGACCUCAUCCGGAGCUGCGGGGUGGACUGGCUCGCGCGCCUCCGCCCUCGCCGCAGCCCGUGCCUCCUGGCUCGCAGGCCGCCCCUUAGCAGGUCGUCCCCGAGGCCCGGGCCCAGCCGCUCCACAGCACCUCCACGGGCUCCGAGGCCGGCGGGAUGCAGCCUCCGGGCCCGCCCCCGGCCUAUGCGCCUGCCAACGGGGACUUCACCUUUGUCUCUUCGGCGGACGCGGAAGAUCUCAGUGGUUCUAUAGCAGCUCCAGAUGUCAAAUUAAACCUUGGUGUAAGUGGAGAUUUUAUCAAAGAAUCUACAGCUACUACAUUUCUGAGACAAAGAGGCUAUGGCUGGCUUUUGGAAGUUGAAGAUGAGGAUCCUGAAGAUAACAAGCCACUUUUGGAAGAAUUGGACAUUGAUCUAAAGGAUAUUUACUACAAAAUCCGUUGUGUUUUGAUGCCAAUGCCAUCGCUUGGUUUUAAUAGACAAGUAGUGAGAGACAAUCCUGACUUUUGGGGUCCACUGGCUGUUGUUCUUUUCUUUUCCAUGAUAUCAUUAUAUGGACAGUUUAGGGUGGUCUCAUGGAUUAUAACCAUUUGGAUAUUUGGUUCACUGACAAUUUUCUUACUGGCUAGAGUUCUUGGUGGAGAAGUUGCAUAUGGCCAAGUUCUUGGAGUUAUAGGAUAUUCAUUACUUCCUCUCAUUGUAAUAGCCCCUAUACUUUUGGUGGUUGGAUCUUUUGAAAUGGUAUCUACACUUAUAAAACUAUUUGGUGUGUUCUGGGCUGCCUACAGUGCUGCUUCAUUACUCGUAGGUGAAGAAUUCAAGACCAAAAAGCCUCUCCUCAUUUAUCCAAUCUUUUUAUUGUAUAUCUAUUUUUUGUCCUUAUAUACUGGGGUGUGAUCCAAGUUGAA